CACAGGUCCCAACACCACCAAUUGGCCAUUGAUCCCAAUCCCUCAGCUGAUGCAACUCAACAGUGGGAUGAUCUCAGUGGAGUGAUCAACCAGUAGGGGGGAGAGACACUGGAAUAAGACCUUCUGUUGAGAGAACCUUGGGAUCUCCUCCUUUAAAAUUGCUCUUCUGUGCCUUGAUCCUCCGUUGUUAAAUCGCUUUGGUGUUGUGUUAAGACUAGAGGAACGCCGAGGGUCGUUCUUAAAUGCCACACCACUGCCAGAGGUGAAGGUGCUGCUGAAACCAUUGAUUUGAACCAAAGGAGAGAAAGAGGGGAGCAUGGACACCAUGGAGAGCCCGGUUCUAGAGUCAAAGGCAGAGAGGAUCGCUCGCUACAAAGCAGAGAGGAGGAGGGAGCUGGCAGAGCGCUAUGGCAGCCUGGAGGAGCUCCCGUCCAAAUACGUGAGGAGGGACAGGAGAGAGGCCUCCGACACCCUACCUGUGACCCAUCAAGAGAUGCCGAAUGAGCCCGAGGGUGUCCCGUCUGUAAUAAACAGUGUUCCUGCCAGGGACGCCAACGGCAGGACAUGUGUGCGGCAGGAGAUGGGCACUGCAGACGUCCCCCUGGAGGGAGGAGGCGGUGGGGAGCUCCAGUGGGACACCACGCCAGCUCCUGGGCCUGAACCCCUAGCUCCGAAAAUCUCCAAUGGCACAGAGGUGGAUUCCCACACGAGCAGGCAGUGGUCCCAGGGUACUCCCAAUCUGGGGACCGGGGGCCGAUCCCUGCACCCCUCAGCCCCGGAUGCACCGCAGCUGUGCACCUGGGUGUCAGUGGGCCAGCUGAGGAGCGCUCUGCUUCAGCAGACCUGCAGUGGGACACAGCCUGAGAAAGCUAGCGGUGACGGCGGGUUUGUGGCCUUGUCCCUCGACUUGGCGGUACGGCCAGGGUCUGAGGGACGGCGGAGGACCCGGCGCUACCUCCCUCUGGGGGCGGCCGGGGGCCGCAAGACCAGCGAGCGCUUCCGGACACAGCCGAUCACGGCCAGCGAGGUGCAGGAGAGCAGCUGCUCUGUUGACACCGAAGAAGGAGACAAGCCAAAAGUUGAUGUGAAAACAGACGACAGAGCCAAGCUGAGUGUCGCUGCCAAGAUGUCUCUGUUUAAAGAGUUGGAGAAGUCGGCUGUCCAUGAAGUGUCUUCCUUCCUGAAGCCUCGCACUGGGAGUGGCAUAUACGAACGACGGAGCCGUCACGCCAAUGAUCACCGAGCGCUCACGCAGCCAAUCACCUGUAAGGAAAUGGUGGUGGCCGUCAGCCAGCCUAAUUCUGCGGCGCCAGGCGAGGCCCAGGCUGAGCUGGCGGGGCAGGAAGGAGAUGGGCCGGAAGGGGAGGAUGAGAGCUCCAAGCUGACCCUGAGCGAGAAGAUGGCCCUCUUCAACAAGCUGGCCCAGCCGGAGAAGAAGCCGGAGCUGGCGCCGGAGGCCUCAGAUAAGCGCAGGCAGAAGGGGCCGCGGUACCGCACUCAGCCCAUCACCAUGGACGAGGUCAAACUGCUCCAGAGAGGGCCCAUCCAGCUGCCCCCUCUGCACCUGUCCGCCCAGCUCUCUGACAGACAGCAGUCCCAGUCCGUCAACCUGAAGCCCAGCGAGAUGCGCCAGUCUCAGCUCCAGCUCCAGCCCCAGCCCCAGCCAGAGCCCCCAGCUACUGACGCCUGGGAGUCCAGCGUGGUUCCCAGCGUGAAGCCAGAGCAUUUCCGCCCCCCUCUGCCCAUCCUGCAGCGGCCAAAGUCUGAGCCGCCAGAGAUCAAGAGCAUCCUGAAGAAGAACCGGAUUGAAUCUGCCAGGAUGGACCGGCGCAGUCGGCACAGGGAGACGGGGACACCAGCUCACGAAAUCCCUGAGGGGAAGCAGCUCGAUGUUGCUGGUAGCGUCAGCCAGCAGAAGGUAGCGGAGAAGAGGGAGCACGAUCACAGAGAGGAAGGGGGCGUGCUGACGGAGGCAGGCAGUCACAAUGACCAGGGGAGCACUGAGGGUUUGUCAAGAAAUGGCAGCCCUGCCCCAACUGUCCCAUGGAGACGGAGGGCAAGGUCCAGCACCCCCCAUUCCAAGGGGGAACCCAGCAUCAAGCCCUGCAGACCCUCCCCUGAAGAAUGCCUGUCGCUGGAGAAGACCCCCUCCCUGUCUGAGAAAGCUGAGGAGUUGGACAGCAGCCAAAACUCCUCCCUGAACGACAGCAGAUUGGAAGACCAGCACAGUGGUGAAAAUGAACAGACGUCUGGGCUGAUGAAGAGCACGCCCAGUGAGCCGGUCCAAGUGUCCCUGGCUGAUUGCUGCAGUCAGCUGCAGGAUGCUGAGAACUCCUGGAGGAAGAAGGUUGAGAGUGAGAUUUGCCAUGAUGCCACUGUCCACACUAUGUGCUGGGAGCCCGUCUUCUCCUCUCUCUUUGUACCUGCUAGCACCACCUCCCAAUAUGUAGUCUGUUACAAUCAGACCACUCUCUCCUACGAGGCCCAAGAGGUCUGCUCUUCUGUCGAGGGCAACUCUCAGCCCCAGUGGAGGCAAAAGUCCGCAGGGGAGGUGGAGACGAAGGUGUCGCUGGCGGAGCGCAUGCGCAACCUGCAGGAGAACGAAGAGCAGUGGAAGGUCAAGGGUCAGGGCGUCUCCAACGACUCCGCGCAGUUCACUGUCGCCGGACGCUUGGCCAUGAGGGGCUUGGUGUCUCCUGUAUCAGACAGGGAAAACUCUCCAACAGUCAACAGCAGGGAGUCUACCACAGGACCUCCUGGCAAGCCACAAGAAGGGAUCUCCAUGCACCCUGAUAUGGAGGUUGAGGAGGACAGCAGGCUGGACAAGCUGGAGUCCUUCCUGGACAAGCUGCACAGCACAGCAUCUGGGCAACGGGAGACUUCCAUUGAAGUGACAACGGAGAUGGUGAAGGAGGUGAUGACUCUGGAUGAUGGGGACACGUUUGGUGGCUUCUACAGGGCUGUGUCCUCUGUUCACAGCUCCGCUGACACUGGGCAGGACUUCAGUGCCAUCAUCCAAUCCACUACGCCAAAGCUGACGUCUGCGGUGGCGGAGCACAAGCGGGCAGUGCGUCCGGCCCGGAAGACGCAGGGCUCCCGGAACCCGCUGCGGGCGCUGGCUGCGCGGGAGGACAUCCGGCAGGAGUACACAGAGCAGCACCUCAGUGUGGCCUCAGUGGAGACAACCAGUAUACAAGUAGAGAAGAUGGCCGAGCAUUCCAGCAUGGCAGAAGAGGCCCUGGCAGGACUAGCCAGUACAGAGAACUUCCUUGACAUGAACCUGCGUGACAUCAGCUCCACCGAGUUGGUGACCAACAACAGCUUCCUGCCCUACAGCAACCUGAUGCUCAUCCACAUCAAAGGACGGCAACACAUCCAGGUGCGCCUGGUGGAGCCCAUGGCCCGAUCGCUAAAUAGCGGGGACUGCUUCCUGCUCAUCACACCCGUGCACUGCUUCCUGUGGAUUGGGGAGUUUGCCAACGUCAUCGAGAAAGCCAAGGCCUCGGAGGUCGCGUCCUUUGUCCAGGGGCAGCGGGACUUGGGCUGCAGGGCACCACAGGUGACUGUCCUAGAGGAGGGCGUCAACACAGACUGCACCCUGGCCAAGGAGUUCUGGGACCUGCUGGGGGGCAAGGUGGAAUACAGAGGACCUGGGGGGCCAGAGGAGGACGAGGUAUAUGAGAGUGGAGUGGUGGAAUCUAACUGUGUGUACCGUCUGGUGGAGGACAGGCUGGUCCCCCAUGAUGAGGCCUGGGCCACCAUCCCCAGCAUUGCCCUGCUCAACUCCAAAGAGGUGCUGGUGUUUGACUUUGGCAGCGAGGUCUACGUAUGGCAUGGAAAGGACGUUCCCUUGGGGGACAGGAAGGUGGCGCUGCAGCUGGGCAGACAGGUGUGGGGCGGGCCCUACGACUACGGCAACUGUAGGGUGAACCCUCUCAACCCCUCAGCCUGCAGCACAGAGAUUCAACAGCAGGGCGUGGGGCGGCCCAGCUGGGCGCUGUUCGGCCGUCUGUCGGAGCACAACGAAACCGCUCUCUUCAGGGAGAAGUUCUUGGACUGGGCUGAGAGGAGCAGCAGCAAGGAGGAAGGUGCUGUAGAGGAGCUGAUGAGUCCUGUGCAUCCCGCACCUCCCGAGUGCGAGCUGCGGCCCUGUGAUGCCAAGGCCCUGCUGGCAGGCGGGGGAGGGGCGGUGAGCAUGAUCCUGGAGGGCGUGGACGUACAGAGGGGGCACGGUCCAGUGUGCUUGGAAGAAGGGCAGCAGGCGGAGCUGAGCACCGUAGCCGUGGACAUCUGGCACAUCCAGGAGUUCGGUGACUGCGAGCUCCCGCGCGAGAGUUUCGGCCAGCUGCACGAGGGGGACACCUAUGUUGUCCGCUGGAAGUACUCCGUCACCAGCGUGGAGGGGCAGAGGCAGAGCCCUGCGGAGCUGGCCAGCGGGGGUCAGGGGCGCGAGCGCUGUGCCUGCUUCUUCUGGCAGGGCCGGCACUCCACUGUCAGUGGGAAGGGCACAUCGGCGCUCAUGACAAUGGAGCUGGGCAACCACAGGGCAGCGCAGGUGCUGGUGGCACAGGGGAGCGAGCCGCCCUGCUUCCUGCAGCUCUUCCAGGGAGGCCUGGUCAUCCACAAAGGCAGACGUGAUGAGAGUGCCGCCAGCACAGGGGGCUGGCGCCUGUUCUGCGUGCAGGGCGAGGCGGCGGCCGAGGGCUCGCUGCUGGAGGUGGAGUGCUGCUGCAGCAGCCUGCGCUCCCGCAGCUCCCUCGUUCUGCUCAACGCCCACCAGGGGGCUCUCUUCCUGUGGUACGGCUGCAAGUCCCUCAUCGGCACCCGCGAGGUGGGCAAGAGGGCCGUGGAGUGCCUCAUGCAGACGUGUCCUCCUGAGCUGGGAUUGAACAGUAACAGCAGUCUGAGGGUGCAAGAGGUGGAGGAGGGGGCAGAGCCGGUAGAGUUCUGGAAUGCUCUAGGGCAGCAGGACAGGAAGGCCUAUGACUGUAUGCUGCAAGACCCGGGCAAGUACAACUUCACCCCACGGCUGUUCCAUCUGAGCGCUUGCUCGGGGGUGUUUGAGGGGGAGGAGCAGCUGGGCCCCGCCCGGGUGACCGGCAGUGUCACGGCCAUGCCCUUUCCGCAGGAGGUCCUGUACUCUGUGCCACAGCCAGCGCUGUUUCUGCUGGAUAACCGGAUGGAGAUGUACCUGUGGCAGGGCAAGCAGCCCGACGAUGCAGAGCCCACUGCCUCAGCGAGGAUCCGCUGGGACAGUGAGAGGAAGUGUGCCAUGGAGACAGUGCUUCAGUACUGCAAAGAGAAGAACUCAAGACGCCCCCCACAGGCCUACCUGAUCGAUGCAGGCACAGAGCCACUCACAUUCACCAACAUCUUCCCCCGCUGGGAGAGGGACUCCAAAAAGCUGCAGGGCGAGGCUGUGAGGAGCAAGGUGACGCUGGUGCAGGAUGCCCUGGCCAAGCUCAGCAGGACCCAGUACUCAGUGGACGAGCUGCUGUCCAAGCCGCUGCCCGAGGGGGUUGACGCUCUGCGACUGGAGAUAUACCUCUCUGACCCAGACUUCCAGCGGAUUUUGGAGAUGAGCAGGGAUGAAUUCAACUCCCUUCCGAACUGGAAACAAGUCAACCUGAAAAAAAGCAAAGGACUCUUUUGAAAAAGAGAAACAAUAUUAUCUUACCUUAUUUCUGUAAACAAAAGAAAUUACAAGAAUUUCUGCACUUUUUUGUAUGUUGAAUUUUUAAGAGGAGCGUAUUUUCUUGUAAAGCAACAGCGUUUAAAUGUACAUUCUGUAUUUGCUGUUUUAAACCUUUUUUCUCUGUGUGUCAUUUAAGUACAGUCAAAUUGAACUUAUCCCACUCAGUGAUUUGUUUCUGCCCGAUGGAAAGGCAGCCUUUACCUACCAUUUUCCAAAUACUCUAUUCGCCUUUAUACAUUUUCAAGACAAAGCCUGAUUUAUUAGUGUUUUAUAAACGUACUGUCCCCCC